UUCAGGCAGUACAAACAGAUACUGGAACAGCAGUGGUGACACCCAUGUAUAUGGUGGGGACAACCCAUACAUGAGCCGUGCCAUCAAUCAAACACCCCCGAACCUAAGAACUCAAAAACCUCGAGUGAAGUGUCCUAUAUGUUUGAAAACAUUCAUGAGAAAGCAGGCACUGGGCUACCACAUGAAUAUCCAUACUGGAGAGAAGCCAUUCAAAUGUAAGCUCUGUCCAAAGAGUUUCCCAAACCCUGGCACAUUGAAUAAGCACACUAAGAGGCACCAGCUUGGUUUACUGGUACACGAAGGGCAACAUAUGUAGGUAAAGAAACUUUGAUGUUGUUCUUCGGGAGUCACAUUGAGAUAUUGUAUGUAACAACGUGUUGGUAAAGGAGGAACACUGUGAUAUUUUGUCCUUUGGGGUCUUCAGAGACACUUUCUGAUGUAUGUUGAAUAACCCUGUGUUUUUUAGAAAACCUAUAUUCUAUUUGAA